GGACAGUGUGUGAGAUGUCGUACCCUCCAUACCCACAACCGAUCAACACUCAGCCCCAGUCGGGAGCGCCUCCUUAUAUGGGAUAUCCCCCUCCAAACACUCCCAUGUAUGGUGCGGGAGGUCCUCCGGGUUAUCCUAUGCCACCCGAACAACAAGGUUUCCCGAUGCAGAACAUGGGUUAUCCGCCACCCGUCGCACCCCCUUAUACACAGCCUAUGAUGUCUCAACCGACAGCCCCUUCCGAGCAAUGGAUGAAUGUUCCGAUCGGUAUCCCUAACUGUCCCCCGGGUCUCGAAUACCUGACACAAGUGGACCAGCUUUUAGUCCAUCAAAAGGUUGAAUUACUCGAAGCAUUCGUGGGUUUCGAAAGCGCUAACAAGUAUUCAAUUAAGAAUAGUUUGGGACAAAAAGUGUAUCACGCGGUCGAAGACAACGACUGCUGCACCCGGAACUGUUGCGGACCCAUUCGCCCCUUUGAUAUGAAAAUUCUGGACAACAAUCAACAGGAAGUCAUUCAUUUAUAUCGUCCUCUGCGGUGUGACUCAUGUCUGUGUCCGUGUCUGCUUCAGCAAAUGGAGGUGACGGCACCGCCCGGCAAUAUCAUUGGUUACGUCACUCAGGAGUGGAGUAUUUGUGUCCCAAAGUUCAGAGUAGAGGACGCUUCGGGUCCUGUUUGUACUUAUGGUGUUUGCGGUGACAUUGAAUUCCAAGUGUUGUCAAGGGAUGGGUCAGUAGCCGUCGGCAAAAUCACAAAGCAGUGGACGGGACUCAUCAGAGAGGCCUUCACUGACGCCGAUCACUUCGGGAUAUCCUUUCCAAUGGAUUUGGACGUCAAUAUCAAAGCUGUUCUAUUGGGCGCCUGUUUUCUAAUCGACUUUAUGUUUUUCGAGAAAAGUGGUAAUAAGGAGAGCGACAGAAUCGGUAUGUUUUAAGUAUUCAAAGGAAUCUCGUUUUUGCUAUAUAUUACUGCUUAACAAUCUAUGAAUGGAUGCAUUUGUCACACAAACACAACUCUAUUUUCAUAAACAUUUAAUUGUUUUUAAGAAUCUCUUGAUCCAAAUAUAAACUAAAAAUAUUCAGUUUUAAGAUUUCGUUUUAUUUCAAGAAUCCUAUGGUUGAGUAAAACACAAAUAUUUAUACUUUAUUUUGUAAUAUGUUCUAAAAAUAAACAAAACAAAAAACAGUUUCACAAGUAAAAUACAUUUAUAACAAGAUCUGUUAAUAUUCUCAAUGGUAAAUAAUUUAUAUUAUUAUUUUGUUUUCCCUGCAAAC